AUGUCCUCUCGCAGUUCUAGCUCUUCUUCGGACAUUCUUGGACCUGCUGGCGACUCCGAAUACCUACUCUCCUCCCCCACGAAACCUCUCGGCGGUCGGCAACCCUUCAUGUCUAUGUCUCCGGCCCCCAAUUUCAAGUUCCUGCAGACGCCAGGCUCUGUUAAGGGCAAGCGUCAGCGCCCGAGUCUCAGCCCGUCGAAAAGUGCGCAUUCCAUCCGGUUCGACGAUGUCUUGCUACCAGCUACUCCCGCGCUUGCGAAAUUGGCUGGGGGAGCGCCCAUGUCCUUGUCCCCGGAAAAAGGCCAGGGUGAGAGCGGCAAUCCAUGGAGGAUUCGAGUGACCCUGGAGGCGACGCAAGAUGAAGAGGAUGAGGCGAAUAACCAAAAAAGCCCUACGCGCAGGGCAUUAUAUCCCUCGACGACUAUGACGACCAAAGUGCCCCUGAAGGAUGAACGCGACCAACCCGAGCCAACCCCCCGACGACGCAGAGGCCGACCGAGGAAGACGGAGAUUCAAGCAUUACCCGAUGCGACAUCGACCCCAGCAAGUCCCGGACAUACACCAGGUGCCAAGGGCGCCAAUGGACAAAGCAGACCACGAGGGCGACCGCGCAAAGGUACGCCCGUGCCGGUUGAGCGGCAGGUGGAAGAGCAACCAACGCCGGUUCCCGACCCCGAACAAUCUAGUCCGUUAAACCUUGAGCAACCAACUCCGGUGCCCGUACCUGGACGACAGCGAUCUAGUCAUUUGAACCUCGAUGAAGAGGAGCAACCGACUCCGGCUUCCGUACCCGAUCAACAGCGAUACGAUCCAUUUAACCUCGAGUCGGAGGACCAGCCAACUCCAGGGCCCGAAUUUGAGCAACGAUCUAGCCCAUUGAAUUUUGAGCAAUCAACCCCGUUUCCCGACUCUGGACGAAACCGAUACAGUCCGCUAAAUCCAGGGGUGGAAGAGCAACCAAAUCCAGAUUCUGAACUCGACCAAGAACGAUACAGUCCUUUGAAUCUCGGCGCGGAUGGCGAUUCGGAAGACGAUGAGCUACCGGAUGCUCCAUUCUCCGCCCAUGAAGAAGACGAGACGAUGCGACCGGACCCGACGGAUUGGAAUCGGAGUUCCCCUCGAGUGGCUUUUGCAGAACCUGCGUAUGAGACGCCGGAUGUCGGUGCCAUAGACCGCGAUGACGAUGACGGGAAGCUACACUCGACGCCGUCUAAGAUGCCGUCUUCUGUUCGCCAAGAAUCAAUUCAAGAACCACUUACUUCAUCCCCAGCAAACGCAUUGAAUGCCGGCCGUACACCUCGACCACCACGCCUUUAUCCUACGCCUACAUCUUCAUCGCUGGUCGAUGAAGAGAAUCAUGAACAAGACAAUCUGGACGAAGAGGUACCAAGUAGCGAACUUCAUGAUACCCAAGGCGAGGCCACGGAUAAUGCAACGGAUGAUUAUGAUGACCCAACACACGAACAUCGUGAUUCUACGGACGAACACCGGGAAUACAAUUCGAUUGUGGAGAGUGAAGGGUUCAGCAUGGUCUCAUUGGAUACUCUGCCAUCAGCCAAGCAGCAUGGAAUCAGCACAAAUUCAGACCGUGCCAAAGGACCUCUCAGACCUUUUCUUCAGCGUGAAUCAAUCGGCAAAAGAGAGAAAACAAAGCGCAAAGCUUCCUCUAUGAGUAGCGAUUACAACGAGAAUGCACGCGCGAAUGCAUCGCCGAAUUUAGAACCCCCGCGAAAACGCCAAUCUCGUUCUCCACCAAAACGACAGUCCCGUUCACCUGCUCAUCGACGAAGAUUAAAGCAGCCUGCGACACACGAUGAGGCUUCUGAACAACAUGCACCACCGUCUCCUCCGGCCGAACCCCCUGCGCCUACUCCAGCUGAUAACCGGCCUAGACCGAUCGCCCGGCUGGCUAGGAUUGUCCGUGCUGGUAUGGCACUUGAGGGUGCCUUCAGACAGAAUCCAGAGGUAGAGAAACGACCAGAUAGCAAAAUUGCUAUUGAGGAACCCAAACAGCGCCUGGAGAGCGUGUUUAGUGAUCUUGACUACGAUACCCAACAACAACUACGAGUUGGUCUAGGCCUUGGCCAGGAAAUUGCCAAGAGGAAAAUACAAGCAGAGAUGGAAAAUGAAAGGGCCGAACAAGAAGAAGCUGCUAGAAAUGCCGCCGCGCAAGAUACCCACGACCAAUAUGAGGACGAGGGAUCAGAAGAGGAAGAGGAAGAUACCUCAGAAACCCCGCGCCAACAAGAUCGAAGAUCGGUUCAGGAUACACCAGGGCCAGAAACUGCGAUGAAACGACGAAUGGCUGAAUGGCAGCAAGAGAGAGAGUCCAUCAGUCGCGAGAUUGACAAAGCCAAUUCGAGCAAGGUCAUUGUUAUUAAUAGCGAUGAUGAGGCACAUCAGAGUCCUGAGCGUGGUAGGGCCUAUCCCGCAUUUGACAUCGGGGGACCAGACUCGGAUUCGGGGUCAGAUUUCGACCAAGGGCCAGAGUUGGAGCCAGCUUCAGAAAGCAAUCUGCCGGAGGAUGAUGCAGGCUAUCCAGACGAGGCAUACGAGGCAGACGAGCAAGAAGCACAGGAGCAUAGCCAAAUAUCGCAUCAAUCUUCCACGCAUCAAGGUUCCAUGCAUCAAUCCUCCACACGUCGCGAUGAAGACGAUGCUGGCUACAGACAGGAGUCUAGCCCAUGGAAGGAUGAUCGAUCAGCUGCCCCAAGUGAAUACGGCGCAUUUUCCCCGGUUCCUUGGACUCACCAGCGGGAAAAGGUACCCUACCUGGGAGGCCAAUCGCGAGUGCGACAAUUACGCGAACAAGAGGUUGACAUGUCGAUGUUGCUUGGUGCAUCCAACACUCCGAAUCAUUCUCGCUACUAUUACGGGAAAAGCAGCCCCCUGAGCGCCGCCAGUGCACGGCCUUCGCAGCGGGCGGCACCCCAGUCUUCCCCGCGAUACGCCGAGAAUGGGGUGCAUGGUCAAGAGCCGCCGCUAUCGGAAUUGGGACUGGUGUCGAGCCCUCUCAAGCACUCGGACGACGAUGCGUUCCAGAUUGAUCCGACCACCAGAAUUGAGUAUGAGAGGAUGGAAUUUGAUAGGCGGCGGGACCAAGAGGAGGAAGACUUUGAAUAUUCAGAUGCCGCCGUAGCCGAAGAACGCUCUAUUGACGGAAAUGUGGAAAUGACUCCACAACCUCCGCGACCCGCCAAUCCCGCAAAUCCUGAUGUUCAGGGAUCGACCUGGUUCCAAAGACUGGCCUCAUUGACCCCCGGCUGGCUGAAAGCACCAAUAAGAAGGUCUCCUUCGCGACCAAGUCGCGUGAGUGAAGAAUAUGAGGACUCAGAUGAUGACCCGGUGAGCGACGAUGGCUCCGCGGAGGAUGUGAACGCGCAUUCCCAUGGAUCCGACGGGGCAGACGUGGAGGAACAAGAUGAAAUGGAGCGGAGGUUCAGAAGUUCUCGACGAUUCACCGAGUGGAGGCAGUAUGAAGAACCACAAAGCUCCCCCGAGUCACGCGCCGCCCAACAACCCGACCGCGCAUUUUCCGCUCUGGGAGGGGAGAGCCCGGUGCGGGCCCGACCGCUGGCGGUGUCUGGGCAUUUCAGCGACGAGCACUAUAUUAUCCUCCGACGUCUGUACCGACUGGCUGCGCACUUUCCAGAACGAUUCACAUACUAUCCGGCGCCCGGACGCGACCAAAUUAUUGGCGACUGGAUUUGGACGUCUGACGGCCGACAUGGCGUGCCCGUUACCGAAGGCCAGUUCGCGGUGAUUGACCAGUUUGUGCAGGAACUGACCACCGGUGACCUAGAUAGCGGCGGGACGGGCCAGAUCGGCUGGACGGAGGCAGACUUACACCGACGACUGAUCAGCGUGAUCAUUGGCGAGAAGAUCAGAGCAGAAAGAAAAGCAAAAACAAGCGGAGGCGACAUGUGAGUUCUACUUUUGGCCAUUGACCGACGUGGUGCCGCAGCGCCGUUUGAGUUGGCCGGAUUGGUCCAUAAUUGCUUUCCUCCCCGAUGUUAGCGGCGCGCCGGUCGAAAGACUAUUGGAAAUGGCGCAUGCUUGGUGUUUUCAUUUAUUAUUAUUAUUAUUAUUAUUAUUAUU